AUGACUACCCACAUUACUGUGUUCAUUGUAUUCUACAUUUGUUUCAGGUUUAAUUCAUUCAAAAGGACGAAUAUCAUACUGCAACAUUUGAGAAGGUCUAUGCACAUGGAUGCAGCAGGAGAAGUACUACUGGAAAGAAGAGGUUGUGCAGGAGUGAUAACACUAAACAGACCAAAGUUCCUAAAUGCAUUAAACCUUAAUAUGAUUCGGCACAUUUAUCCACAACUAAAGAAUUGGGAACAAGAUCCUGAAACUUUCCUGAUCAUUAUAAAAGGAGCUGGUGGAAAGGCUUUCUGUUCUGGGGGUGAUAUCAGAGUGAUCUCAGAAGCUGGAAGGGCAAACCAGAAGAUAGCUCAAGAUUUCUUUAGAGAAGAAUAUAGGCUGAACAAUGCCAUUGGUUCUUGCCAGAAACCAUAUGUUGCACUUAUUCAUGGAAUUACAAUGGGUGGGGGAGUUGGUGUCUCAGUUCAUGGGCAAUUCCGAGUGGCUACUGAGAAGUCUCUCUUUGCAAUGCCAGAAACAGCAAUCGGACUCUUCCCUGAUGUGGGUGGAGGUUAUUUCUUGCCACGACUUCAAGGAAAACUUGGUUACUUCCUUGCAUUAACAGGAUUCAGACUGAAAGGAAGAGAUGUGUAUGCAGCAGGAAUUGCGACACAUUUUGUGGAUUCUGAAAAGUUGGGCAUGUUAGAAGAAGAUUUGAUAGCCCUAAAAUCACCUUCAAAAGAAAAUAUUGCGGAUGUCUUAGAAGCUUACCAUACAAAGGAACCCAGGACAAAAGACCAAAUACUACAAAACGAUGCCCUUUUUAGAGAAAUUCCAAGGUUUGGGGGAGCUAAGAGCCAGCAACAAAGAACAAAUUCCAAGAUUGAUCAAGACAAGUCUUUUAUACUUGAGGAACACAUGGACAAAAUAAACAGUUGCUUCUCAGCCAAUACUGUGGAACAGAUUAUUGAAAAUUUACAGCAAGAUGGUUCAUCUUUUGCCUUAGAACAGUUGAAGAUGUUCACCUGUGAUAAUGUGGGCAUGGCUCUGGCUAGAGAAAACCAGUGGUUUCAUCAGCAAAAUGGACCUCUUGUCUUCUUGCCUGUGGAAAGGAGGGGCCUCCUAGCACCGUAUGCAGACUGCUUUAUGGGUGCCAUCAACCUUGUGGCCUGCAACCAGAAAGGCAAGAAUGUGAGUGGUGUUGCUACUUGGGCAUUAAAUGAGAUCAUGUGCGUACGACACUGGGGGCAAAAGGGAAGCUUGGCAUUAAUGAAAUUAGUAGAUAAAGGUCACAUAGCUACCAACCAUGUAGUGGAGCCAGGAGGUGAGCCCAGACAUUUGAAUUGUAGUCAGUCACUGAGUUAUGCUGCCGACACUGAUGAUGCCAGGAGAAGAACUAGAGAUAUGCUAGGAUUAGAGGUUGAGAAGGGAGGCCAUGACUUUCAUGAAGGUGUUAGGGCAGUUUUAAUAGAUAAAGACCAGAGCCCAAAAUGGAAACCGGCUAAUCUAAAAGAAGUUACUGAAGAAGAUUUGAAUAGUUACUUUAAAUCUCUGGCAAGUAACGAUUUGAAAUUAUAAGGUGACUGGAUUUUUAAGGGAUUAUUUUGGAGCAGAUGUUGGCAAACUAUGGCACAUGGGCCAGAUCUGGCCUGCUGCCUG